GGCCGGUGCAGCGGGAGGGCACGUUUGCGCGCAGUUGUCCCCUUUUUUAAAGCCGGAGAAAGGCUCGGUUCCCAACUCCCACCCCAGCCCUCCUGGAGCUACGAACGGUCAUGGGUGGAGGGGGGCUCUGCGGUGCGUCCGGAUCCUGUCGUGCUCGUCCACGUCCUACGGAGUGAGGACUUAAUCUCAAGUCAUGGCAAAACAUCUGAAGUUCAUUGCCAGGACUGUGAUGGUGCAGGAAGGGAACGUGGAUGGUGCAUACAGGACCUUAAACAGAAUCCUCACCAUGGAUGGGCUCAUUGAGGACAUCAAGCGGCGCCGGUACUACGAGAAGCCCUGCCGCCGCCGACAGAGGGAAAGCUAUGAAACCUGCCGGAGGAUCUACAACAUGGAAAUGACUCGCAAGAUCAACUUCCUGAUGCGAAGGAAUCGGCCGGAUCCGUGGCAGGGCUGCUGAGGCCUGUGGGUAGUGGGCCCAGCAAGAAAACCUCUAUCCAGUCGCGUCUCCAAGUCUUACUUUCUGCAGCCCCAUUUUCUCUUGCCAUUUCUCGCAAUAAAACUCAAUCACAUGUUUAUAAGAAA